AUGAAACCAGAAAGGUUGCACUGGGGAGGAUCCGACAGCCGAAAAUCAGGCAAGGCAAAGGCUGAUGAGGAAGGCUACAGCCUCUGUGUGACUCAUGGCAAUGGCCCCCAGAUUGGCCUCCUGGCUCUCAAGCAAUGGCUGCAGGCACCAGAGGAACAUCUGGAUGUUUUGGGAGCCGAGUCAGAGGGGCAGAUUGGGUAUCUGCUAGAAACCGAGCUUGCUGGCGCGCUGCCAGAUGCUGAGGUGGUGUCCAUGCUCACCCAAGUUCUUGUUGAUGCGAAUGAUCCAGCCUUUGAAUCGCCCUCCAAGUUCAUCGGGCCAAUGUACAGCAAGGACGAGGCUGAAAAGUUUGCAAAAGAGAAGGGAUUUGAUGUGAAGCCGGACGGCGACAAGGGCUACAGGCGCGUUGUGGCCUCCCCAGCGCCAAAACAGGUGUUGGAGGCCAGAGCUAUUCAGGUGCUGGUGAAGGAGGGCAUCAUCUGCAUCUGUGCUGGGGGAGGCGGCAUCCCAGUGGCCAUGGAGCAGCAGGAUGGGGGGUCCACCUGGCGCAGGCAUGGAGUGGAAGCUGUCAUAGACAAGGAUGCGGCUUCUGCACUGCUGGCAGCGCAGAUCAAGGCAGACAUCCUGCUGCUGCUGACAGAUGCCCCGGCAGUGUUCAAUCCACAGAAAUGGCCCAAGGAGAAGGCGCCGGUUUCAUCUCCCAUCACUCCUGAGGACCUGCUUCGACUGGGCGAUUUUGCUGGAGGAUCCAUGGGGCCAAAGGUGCAAGCAGCAUGCAAAUUUGUGGAGGAGACGGGACGUCCUGCAGGCAUUGGCGCCAUGCAAGAUGCUGUUGACAUUGUCAGAGGACAUAAGGGGACACUCAUCACAGCUGCAAAGAAAUAG